AUGGUCAACACCUUCACCAGGGUCUUCCCUAUCGUUUUCGUUGUCUUGUUUUUUGGGGCCUUCAGCUGCCUGGUCCUAGUCCCCAAACUUCGCCAGUGCAAGGCAUGCCGCCGCAUCCGCAAACGCAACUUCGAUCUCGAUACGUCUGAUAAUACUGAACUCACAACUCUCCCAGUCAACGCCAACAUCAACCGCAUCUCUGCUAGAGAUUUCCCAACCAAGCCGAUCCCCUUUCGCGAUCACCAUCGUCGUCCGGCGGCUGCUCGGCUGGCUAGACGUUCAGAGCGCUUCUCGUCAGACGUCCAGAAUCCCUUUGCUGACCCCCCUCGCUACCGACCUUACUACGGCGAUCCACCUCCGACGCCCUACAGUCGUUCGAUUCGAAGUCUCUCUACACCCACUCGCGCUGGCCGACACUCAUCACCCUCUCAGAACAAUGCCUCAAUGACUAGAGGCCCCUCUCUCGUCAUCACCGAUCACAGCGAUCCCUUUGACUCCGCAUCUAGCCAAAACGAUAUGCGACCAUCUCAGUCCCUGACUUUUUCAGACCAUGGCGACCGACCCUUCUCAGUCGUCUCAUUGCCGGAUCCUACCUAUCAACCCACCAAACUCUCGAUCCCUGACCUUGCCAAAUGCGAGCCGAGAUCUGCCGGACAAGCGCCACCCUUGGGCAGGAAGCUGGAACAGUUCCCCAUGCCGAAAUCGGGCAGCGCGCACCUUCACCCUAACGCAGUCUUCACGCAGAUGGGUGCCGCUACUCCUCCUACUCCACCUGCCACAGUCACUAGACCAAACUAUGCCAACACCGGUGCCAAGAUCAAAGUCAGUGAAAUCCGGCAGUUAUUCGACCCUAAUAAGGCUUCACUUGACGUCGUCAAGCCUGACAUCCGAGCGAGCAGCAUCUACAGCCGUGAUGAGGAAGGUCGGCCCCUGCUUGCUAGCGAUAGCAUGGAAGAGAUGCAAACAGGAGAAAAGAGCAAGCUACCGCGGUCAUACUCGCGGCCUCUGCCUAAAGGCAAGGCACCCGGUGGGGCUGAAUGGCUCUGA